AUGGAUUCGUACGUCCAUCCGAACAAUAGCUGGUUGCCGCCUGACGUGGCGGCACAGGCGGCGAGCGAGGAGCCUGGGAGGUUCCACGCUGUUGCCGAGGAGGUUCAGGCCGCGUGGAAACGCGGGAAAGAGCAAGGCCAUGGCGGAGAGACUUUGAAAUGGGUCUCCGUCGUCAACAGCUUCGUGGCGUCCAAGUCUCGUCUGGAGGUCCCUGAUCUGGAGCUUGUGUCAGAGACUGCCCUCGAUAUAAUCACAAGCUGCCGUGGCCCUAGGGAUCUCUUCAUUCAGAUCCGUUGGUCUCAGUGCCUCUCCCGCAUCCUGCGCAAGCACCGCUACUCGCUCUCCCUCUCCAUUCCCUGGCGCCCGCUCUACUCCAUCCUCGCUAUACACCUCCCCUCUGCUCCAGGGUCCAACCCCCUGCCUGGGUACGUGGGAGCGGCGCUGCUGCAGAUUCACAUCAACGCCAUCACAGAGCUCAUCAGGCGGGGGAGAAGGUUCUUCCCCCCCAACUCUGCUGCUGACAUCUGGGCCUUCCUCAGGUGCGCCUCUGUUGCCCCCAGACGCGCCUCUGUUGUCCUCAGGCCACAAUUCGCUGACGUCAGCAGCAAUGAUGCUCUGGAGGCGGCGGCUCUGCUAAAUCUUCUGCUGCCAACCAUGUGCCGCCACGUGGCACCAGGCGAGGAUGAUGCCUCUGCUGAAUGGAGUGUCUGGGUGCCGGAGUGGCUUUCAUUGUGGUCCUCUAUUCCCCACUGCACCUUCUGGGACGCUCAGUGGAUCUCUCUCCUCGCACGCUUAGCUAAGCACCAGCAGCUACGCCACCAGCACCAAGCCACCUCCUCCUCCCCACCUCCUCCCUCCUCCUCUCCCUCCUCUCCCGCUUCCCAUCCUCUCUCCCUCUGGUCUCCUCACCUUCCUUUCCUUUUCCAGAAGAUUCUCGAGUCUUUCUCCCUCCCCAUCGGCCAAUCCCCGUCCGCCACGUCAGCGCAACUUGAGCGCCCCGUCUCUCCAGCAUGCGCGCGUGUCUUCCUAUCACUGCUUGACAGGUGGCAGCAGCGCAGAGUGCCGCACCAGCAGCAGGUGGUUCGGGCUGUAGCUGGCGCCAAGCUUGUUGUCUGGCUGCUGGCAAACCCCGAACCUGCCGCCCAUGGUUUGGAUGCCGAACCUCCUGCUUCGGGCUCGGACCGAGCCAUGGAGAUGCAGGGAGGAGCGGCGUCGGUGCUGCGGCUGUUUGAUAAGCUAUCGAACGAUCUGGAGCAGUUCUUUCAUCCAUCCAACGGUGGAGAAUGGACAGGGCUGCUGGAGAAGAUGAUUCACUCUGCUACUUACCACCUCAUGAAGAGAAUCGCAGCAGAGAAGAAGAUUCUCGGUGACAGGUACCCCUCGGGUGCUCCUUCUUCCCUGUCCCCUGCUACGACCACUGCCUUCAUCCGUCUGCUCACCCGUCUCAUUCACAACCGCGCUCUCUUCAGCAAGAGCCCCACCCUCUCUGCCGUCGCCUCCCGCGUGGCUUCCUCCCUGUCCUACCUGGCGCCACGUGUCACUCUGCCAGUGGUCCUGGAGAGCUUCCAGGGUGCGCUGACCACUGUCACAGCCACACACCAGCUCGAGUCCGCCCUCUCGACCCUCGCGCUCUCCGUGCGCCCCUUGCUGCUCGCUGCUGCUCAAACCCUCACAGACCAAGACUCUACACUUGACUCUAUGGAGGUGGAUGGAUCAGGAGCGGUGGGGGCUGGGGAGGGUGGUGGCAUGGACACGUGGCAGGAGAUGAUUGGGCGGGCGAGGGAGGUGGUGUCUGAAGCGCUGGUGGCGACGCUCCCUGGAAUUGAUGCCAACGACCCUCCCAAGACGCUCGCCACUCUGCACCUCUACCUCUCUGUCUUCUCUUCCAUUGGUCCAAUUGGGGACGAGGAAAGCCCGUUCUCGCUCUCCAUUGAUUGGUCCACGUGGCUGGAGGACUUUCUCUCCCGCCUCUUCUCCCUGUUCUCUCACUUGGAGAGUGCUGCUCCCACUGCUACUGUGGCGAGCGCUGCAGCAGGCACUGAGAGGUCUUUCCUAAUGAAGGAGGCGGAGGGAUCAACCUUCCGCUCCACCGUCAGCACUCUCUUCGCCCGCCUCUCUCCUCCUCUCCUCAAUCAGGUCAUCUCAAGGGUGGAGCGCUUUGUGUCCAGCUCUGUCGUCCGCGGGUGUGAGGAGGAGAUCGGCACACUCGUGGCAGCUCUGGCCUAUGCUGCUCCUGAGGCCACCUGCACUCGGAUCCUUGCCGGAGUCAUGGAUUCUGCCAUGUCCCUCCUCCAAUCGCUGCUUGCCACGUCAUUCCUGGUGCUUGCUGAGUCUCCUGCUGCUGCUGCGGAUGCAGGGGAGGCACUGAAACUGCCAGCCAAUCAGCUGUCGACAACUCAGGAGGCCACUGUUCUCUUCCACAUGCAUCUCGUCAGCAACGCUGUCCCCUUUAGUGGCUCUGCUUUGAUAGCACAUAAAAACCGCCUCAUCGCGCUUAUCGAUGCGGCCUUCUCAUCCACGUCCCAGAAGCUUAUUGACAAGUACCUGGGCGGCGCGUUGAGGGAUAUCCGGUGGUUGCGCACAAGGCCUGCCACGUCAGCAUCAGCCAGCUCAGCAGCAGUUGGAGCCAAACUGGCCUGGCGAGUGGCCCUUCGCCGCCUCUGGGCCGUUUUCUCCGGCACCCGAACCAACCUCCCGGACCUGACCACCAGGUUCGGGACCCAAGCCUCCGGCGCACCCAGCGACGCCAUGUCACCAGGCACCCCUCUAGCAGUGGUGGGACGGUCGGGAGUGACUAUAGGCGAUGUUACUAUGCGCGAGGAAGCUUCUGGGGAGCUUCAUGAGGCGUGUGUGUGGCUGGUGAGGCGGCAGAGGGACGACACUCAGACGCUGGCGCUGCUGGCGGAAGUGGAAGGGCUGUUGUUGAACCCAGGUGAGGGGGGGGGGGGGUGA